CUAUGCACAGAUGAAUUUAAUGACGUUUAAAUUAUCCUUAAUAAACUUUUAUUUUUUAUUCGACAAUAAGUAUCAAACAAUUAAAAUUUGGUUAAUGCAAUUCAACAAUAUAUUUUGAGGUGGCCGUGGCCACGCUGAUAACGUAAUCUGAUCAAAUAAAAAAAACAAUUUUAUAUUUUUAAUAAUAUGCAGCGGGGUGUAGUGACUUGGUUAAUAAUAGUUUUUAUUAUCUUUCCUGUUGUUUUCAAUAAAUCUCAAACGCAAGACAUAUCAAAUUUUCCAAUUUUUGAUGAACGUGUGACUUCAGAAAACUAUGUGGAUCGUAAAAUAGAAAUAAUAGAAAGAAUCAGUAACCAAUUGAACCAGUUAUAUCAAGAAACCUAUCGAAAUUGUGAACAUAAAAAUAAUGAAUACCAUUUGGAAUAUGAAUCUAUUGAAUCCCUGUGGAAGUGCGAAGAAGAUGAUAUGAACAAUAUGAAAGGUCGAUCUUUUAACAUUGACUUAGUGGACUUUCAAAUGCAAAUAGUUCAACAUUUUCUUGAUGCCUUCGCCUACUUAAAUAACCAGUAAAGAAGAGACAGCUGGAGCAGAUUAUGACUAUUUGGAUGGUUGUGCAACGGAUUCAGUAAAAUUUAUUUAUUAUCGCAUCUUUGUUCAACAUUUGAAUUUAUUAUUAAUAAUCCCAAUAUUAAAAAAUUAUUUUUGCAGCAGAAUUGUCACCUGAAGGUAUUAUCAUCUUUGGUAAUGAAAAGUUUACAACAUGAAGGAUUUCACUUAAAUCUUGAAUUUGAGUGUGAAUGUGGGGAAAAUGCCUUCAAAGUUUAUUCUGCUGUUAUAAAAAUUAUCUGUAAUAUUGUUUUAAAUAAUUAUACAAAAACAAAAAUAGCGGCCAUCAAAGUAUAAUGAAUCUAAAAAAAGUAUAAAAGAAAAAUAAUGAUAAGGGCGAUAACAAAAAAAUAAAAUUAUCUACUCUAAACCCCAAGAAUGCAGAUCAAACAUUGUGAGCAAUAAUUGUUUUUAUAGUUAUUUCUAGCGAUAUUUUGUAUAUCUAUAAUUUAAAAUAAGAUAGUAUUUAUUCAAAACAAUGUAUUUUGCACAUAGGUAUUCUUGUCAUUGGUUUUGUUUUUAAUGAAAACUUCUUUAUUAACGUUGUGCGAUUUUUUGAUAGGGGAAAAAGCAUUGAAUUCGCGACUGUCAUCGCGACCGUCAUCGCUUAUGCUAUAUAUUAUUUGUAUGUAUUUAUAAAUUGUGUAGAAGUAUUUAAAUUUAAAAUAAAUGUAAUACCUAUUUUAGGAUGGAGAAAAAGGAUUUAUUUCAUGACCGUCUUCUCUUCGGCGAAAUAAAUUUUGUACGUAUCUAUAUUAUGUAUAUCUAUACAUACAUUGUAUAGAAGUAUUUAAAUUUAAAAUAAAUGUAAAACCUAUUUUUGAAUGGGGAAAAAGGAUUUAUUUCGAGACUGUCAUCUCUUCGGCGAAAUAAAUUUUGUACGUAUAUGCGUAUUAAAGUGAAAACUUCUUUAGGGACGUUGUGCACUUUUUGGAUGGAAAAAAGUAUUAAAUUAGCGACCAUCAUCACGACCAUCAUCGCUUCGAAGAAAUAAAUUUUUGAAGUGAAAACUUCUUGAGGGACGUUGUGCACUUUUUAGAUGGGGAAAAAUUUUUAAAUUAGCGACGGUCAUCGCUUCGACGAAAUAAAUAUUUGAUGUGAAACACUUUAGGGACGUUGUGCUCUUUUUGAAUGGAAUAAAGUAUUAAAUUAGCGACCGUCAUCGCUUCGAUGAAAUAAAUUUUUGAAGUGAAAACUUCUUGAAGGUCGUUGUGCACUUUUUGGAUGGGAAAAGUAAUAAAUUAGCGGCCGUCAUCCCUUUGACGAAAUUAACAUUUGAAGUGAAAACUUCUUUAGGGACGUUGUGCUCUUUUUGAAUGGAAUAAAGUAUUAACUUGGCGACCGUCAUCGCUUCGAUGAAAUAAAUUUUUGAAGUGAAAACUUCUUGAGGGACGUUGUGCACUUUUUAGAUGGGGAAAAAUUUUUAAAUUAGCGACAGUCAUCGCUUCGACUAAAUAAAUUAUUGAAGUGAAAACUUCUUUAGGGACGUUGUGCACUUUUUGGCUGGGAAAACGUAAUAGAUUAGCGACCGUCAUCGCUUCGACGAAAUAAAUAUUUGAUGUGAAACACUUUAGGGACGUUGUGCACUUUUUCGAUGGAAAAAAGUAUUAAAUUAGCGACCGUCAUCGCUUCGACGAAAUAAAUAUUUGAAGUGAAAACUUCUUGAGGGACGUUGUGCACUUUUUGGAUGGGGAAAAAUAUUAAAUUAGCGCGACCGUCUUGCUUCGACGAUUUUUAAAUUUUUAAAGUUAAAAUUUCUUUAGGGACGUUGGGCACUUCUUGGAUGGGGAAAAAGUAUUGAAUUUGCGACCGUCAUCAGUUCGCUGAAAUAAAUUUUGUACGUAUAUAAAUUAUGUGUUUGUAUACAUAAAUAGCAUAGGGCAUACGCAUCGCGUAUAUGAUAUAGGUAUAACACUUCUUUUUUGGAUGGGAAAAAGGAUUGAGUUCGUAAUUUAUAUAUUUAUAUUAUAAGAUAUAUAUUAUAAGAUAUAAAUAUAUCUUAUAUUUAUAAGAAGUUUUCGCUUCUGUCGGCACUCCCACGAGUGCCUUCAAAUUUUUUUGUAUAAUAAACGUUACUUACAAGGAAUUACUUUUAAUUUUAUUUUGUACAAACUUCUAAUUAAUAAUAUUUUCCUGUACGAUUCAAAAAAUACUAUAAAUUUUAACAGAAUUUGUACUUUAAUUGUCGUUUCAAAAUCGGUAGACCGAGAGUCGGACUACCGACGUCAUCAAUUCCAACGUUGUCUUUUUCACUUCAUGGCUUGUAAAGUAGAAGAGAACUUUGACCUUAGAACAUCAAAUAAACGUUAGUUUUAUGUUCUAUGACAAUGACAGACGACAGGACAGAAGUGACGGAAAAAUGAAUUUGACAGUUGAAGUUGAAAGGUUAAAAUAAUUUUGAUUUAAAAAAAAACAACAAAUUUGAAAAUGGAAUUUUGUACAACGAUUAUGAAGAUAAAAGAAUGAAUCAUAAUGGAAUUAAUCUAAUAGAAAACAGAUGUUAAAUUUGUUUACGUUCAUUGAUGUCAGUUUUGUAUGUUUAAAUAUGGAAAACCAAAUAAAUCUAGUCAAGGUUAGAACUAGGCUUCACUCCCAAAAUAAACCCAAAUCUUAACCAAGAAUAGAAACAUUUUUGGAAAUACAAUGAAUUGAUAAACUUAGUAAAUUUUUAUCCAAUAAUUAUGUAACUUGGUUGUUAUAUUCAAACAAAAAUGUGAUAUAUCUAAUGCUACCAAGGAACUCGUCAAUUCAAGUAAAGAAGAAAAUUAGAAA